AGUCUCGAAUCGGUGGGCCGGAGGGAAAGAGCUCCGUGACCCUUUUUAAUAAUUUAAAAAAAAAAAAAAAAUUUCCCUCUCAUUCAUUUUGGUGAUUAUAAAAAAAAAGUAGACAAUUUUAAAAAGCAUUUUUUUAUGAAAAAAAAGUUUGUGUUACAAAUUUUUGUUUUUUUUAUAUAAUUAUAAAAUUAAAUUUCGUUUAUAUUUUGUCAAUUGUAAUUAAUUUGACGAUAAAAAAUAAAAUACGAUUAUUGCAAAGACCGAUUUGUUUUUAUAAGUGUGCAGUGAUACCCGGGGAGAGAUCACUAUACAUAUAGAAUUAUAUAUGUAAUUUGUGAUUCUUCUUUUGGUUUUUACUUUUUUUUUGUCGUUCGAGUUUUUACGAACACGUCGAUGUUCGCCAGAAUAAGGACUGUCUCGUAGAACGUGGGUGUGAAUUUAAGGAUAUAAUCCAAAAAAUAAAAUAAACAAACAUGUUGAUAAGGGAGUUAGCGGUCGUCUGGGUCGCCGUCCUCUUGUGCCAUCUUCAACUAACGGAGUCUCAGGUUCCGAACACAAAUGUCUUCACCUGUCCGAACGGAUGGGAACUAAGGGGAAUCCACUGUUACAAAUUCUUCAAUAUCAAGCAUUCAUGGGAAAAAGCAGCCGAGCUAUGCAGAAGGUACGGAAGCGAGCUGAUGGUUGUGGAAUCGUACAGCGAGAACAAUAUGACAGUGGGAAUGAUUGGACGUAAUUUGGACAAAUAUUGGUUGGGUUUGGCAUCUCUUGAUGAUUUGAGAACCAACACCCUUGAAUCAGCAGCGGGCAUGCUGGUCUCACAAUAUGCAGGUUUCUGGGCGUCUAAACAACCGAAUCCUCAUUCUGGUGAGUGUGUCGAUGUCGCCAUUACUGAUGAACAACAUCAAUCUUGGGAACUUACAACGUGCGAAUCCCUUUUGCCUUUUAUGUGCCGUGCUAAUGCAUGUCCUGCAGGUUCCUUCCACUGUUCAAACGGCAAAUGCAUAAAUUCCGCAUUCAAGUGUGACAAACAAGACGAUUGCGGUGAUUUUUCCGAUGAAUUGGAUUGUCCCGGAAAUUGUCAUUACUACAUGGCGAGUAGUGGUGAUGUUGUUGAGAGCCCCAAUUAUCCACACAAGUACGGACCCCUGAGCAAUUGCAAAUGGACACUCGAAGGCCCACAGGGACACAAUAUUCUACUCCAAUUUCAAGAAUUCGAGACCGAGAAGAGUUUCGACAUUGUCCAAAUUUUGGUUGGCGGCAGAACGGAGGAGAAAUCAGUGAACUUGGCAACACUCUCCGGAAAACAGGAAUUGAGUAAUAAAUUAUUUGUGUCCGCGUCUAAUUUCAUGAUCAUCAAAUUUAGCACUGAUGGUUCAGUGGAACGAAAGGGAUUCCGUGCUUCCUGGAAAACGGAGCCACAAACUUGCGGUGGUAUAUUACGAGCAACACCCCAAGGACAAGUGCUAACGUCACCUGGCUAUCCGCAAAAUUAUCCCGGCGGUCUGGAGUGCCUCUACAUCCUUCAGGCACAACCCGGACGAAUUAUGUCCUUGGAAAUCGAGGAUCUGGAUCUGGAGAUGAAUCGUGAUUACAUUUUGAUUCGCGAUGGUGACUCGCCAAUGAGCAGACCAAUUGCGAGACUGACGGGAAAUUCUGAAGACAAUCCAACCGUGAUUAUGUCAACUGGCAGUAAUCUUUACCUCUACUUUAAAACAAGUUUGGGUGACUCUAAACGUGGUUUCAGCAUACGCUAUACACAAGGAUGUAAGGCGACAAUCAUCGCUAAAAAUGGAACUGUCCAAUCCCCCUCCUAUGCACUCAAUGACUAUCCAAACAAUCAGGAAUGUUUGUACAAAGUCAAAAAUCCUCAAGGUGGUCCUCUUUCUCUAAAGUUCACCAACUUUGACGUCCACAAAACUGAUUUUAUCCAGGUUUACGACGGUCCAAACGCAAAUGGACUGAGGCUUCAUUCCGCAAACGGAUUCACAUCGAAUACACGACCCAAAAUUACCCUAACAGCAGAGAGUGGUGAAAUGUUGAUUAGAUUUGUGUCUGAUGCGCUUCACAGUAGCAGCGGUUGGCAGGCUGCUUUCUCCGCCGAUUGUCCACCACUACAUCCCGGUGAGGGAGCACUGGCUUCCAAUAGGGACACUGCUUUUGGAACAACCGUCACUUUCUCCUGUCUCCUCGGUCAGGAAUUCGCAACCGGAAAGGCCAAAAUUUCCACAACCUGUUUGCCAGGUGGUAAUUGGUCAGUCACCUACAUUCCAAAAUGUCAAGAGGUUUAUUGCGGUCCAGUUCCUCAGAUCGACAAUGGAUUCUCCAUUGGCUCAACAAACGUGACCUAUCGUGGUCUAGCCACUUAUCAAUGUUACGCUGGUUUUGCUUUUCCAAGCAGUAAACCCGUGGAGAAAAUAUCUUGCUUAUCCGAUGGACGAUGGGAGAAGAAACCCUCAUGUCUUGCGUCACAGUGUCCACCACUUCCGGAGGCGCCUCACGCUAACAUGACAGUCUUAAAUGGCGGCGGUCGAAGUUAUGGAACUAUUGUGAGAUUUGAAUGUGAACCAGGUUAUGUUAGAAGUGGACAUCCGGUGAUACUUUGCAUGAGUAAUGGCACCUGGUCUGACGACGUUCCAGUUUGUUCCCGUGCCAAAUGUCCGAUACUUCCGAAUAUCAAAAAUGGUUUUGUUGUCGAUUUGACUAGAGAAUAUUAUUUCGGUGAUGAGGCUAGAGUUCAGUGUAACAGGGGUUACAAAUCAACGGGAUCGAAUAUUAUCCAAUGUGGUACUAAUCAGCAUUUCGACAAUGUUCCUACAUGUGAAGAUAUUAACGAGUGUGCAUCAAGUCAGUGCGAUUCCGCUUCAACCGAGUGUAUCAACACCUCAGGGGCUUUUACCUGCAAAUGCAAAUCUGGAUUCACACCAACAAUGGAAUGCCGACCUAUUGGAGAUUUGGGUUUGAUUAACGGAGGUAUUCCUGAUGAGUCCAUAAUUGUCUCUAGUUCUGAAGUUGGAUAUUCCAAAUCCGGAAUUCGUCUGAAUAAUGGAGAUGGUUGGUGUGGCAACAGCAUCGAACCGGGAGUAAAUUGGGUGACAAUUGACAUGAAAGCACCAACAAUUAUUCGAGGUUUCAGAACGCAAGUUGUUGUCAGAUCUGAUGGGAAUACAGCCUUUGCGACUGCUGUUCGGAUUCAGUAUACUGACGACCUAACUGACGCUCUAAAGGAUUAUACAAACCCAGACGGUACUCCGGUCGAAUUUAGAAUACUUGAACCCACCCUAUCGGUUCUUAACCUACCAGUCCCGAUCGAAGCCAGAUUUAUCAGAUUCAAAAUUCAGGAUUACGUCGGCGCACCUUGUGUCAAACUCGAACUGAUGGGCUGCACCCGAUUGGAAUGUAUGGACAUCAACGAAUGUUCAACGAAAAAUGGAGGUUGCCAUCAGAAGUGUAUAAACAGUCCAGGCAGUUAUUCCUGCAUGUGUAACACCGGCUAUGAAUUGUACAAAUCUAACGGAACAGCUGGUUUUUAUAUCGAAAAAUCGGAAUCGGGUGAACGUGAUGGCGAUCUAUAUCAGAGAAACAAAACAUGCGUUCCAGUAAUGUGUCCCGCAUUACCAGCUCCCGAAAACGGUAAAGUUUUAGCAACCAAGGACAAAUAUCACUUUGGUGAUUUGAUAAAAUUCCAGUGUGACUUUGGUUACGUUCUGGCGGGUUCCUCAGCUGUUAUUUGUACAUCCAGUGGACAGUGGAAUGGAACAACACCCGAGUGUCAAUACGCAAAGUGUGUCUCACUUCCGGAUGAUAAAAAUGAAGGCCUUUCUGUUAUUCGAAUUGACGAAACGAGUGUUUUAGUUCCUUUUAAACAAAACGUUACUCUUAAGUGCAAUAACAAUGGACGCUAUCUACGAAAUACUGCUUCAUCCAAUUUCCGACAGUGUGUCUACGAUCCGAAACAGGGUCUUCCUGAUUAUUGGCUCUCGGGUAUGCAACCAGCUUGUCCGCGUGUCGAUUGUGGAAAACCUCUACCAACACCAGGAGCUGAGUAUGGACAACAUUUAGAUACAAAAUACCAAUCGUCCUUUUUCUUUGGUUGUCAAGAUACUUUCAAACUAGCGGGACAAACUAAUCGUCAUGAUAAUGUUGUUCGUUGUCAAGCGAAUGCCGUUUGGGACUUUGGAAAUUUACGUUGUGAGGGUCCAGUUUGUGAAGAUCCCGGCAGACCUAGUGAUGGUUUCCAAAUUGCAAGAAGUUAUGAACAAGGUUCUGAGGUUCAGUUUGGAUGCAAUCGUCCGGGAUAUAUUUUGAUUAAUCCAAGACCUAUUGUUUGUUUGAGGGAACCUGAAUGCAAAGUUGUGAAACCUCUUGGUCUCUCUUCGGGACGUAUUCCAGAUUCGGCAAUUAAUGCCACUUCAGAGAGACCGAACUAUGAGGCGAAGAAUGUUCGUUUGAAUUCCGUUACCGGUUGGUGUGGCAAACAGGAACCUUUCACUUACAUUAAUGUCGAUUUGGGAAGAAUUUAUCGAGUCAAGGCCAUUCUGGUGAAAGGAGUUGUCACCAAUGAUGUUGUAGGCAGACCAACGGAAAUUCGCUUCUUUUACAAGCAGGCCGAGAGUGAGAAUUAUGUCGUCUACUUCCCUAAUUUCAAUUUGACCAUGAGGGAUCCAGGUAAUUAUGGAGAGUUGGCAAUGAUUACUCUUCCAAAAUACGUUCAGGCUCGAUUUGUAAUUCUUGGAAUUGUCAGUUACAUGGAUAAUGCUUGUCUUAAAUUCGAAUUGAUGGGUUGUGAAGAACCAUCAGUUGAACCACUGCUCGGUUACGAUUACGGAUUUUCACCUUGCGUUGAUAAUGAACCUCCAGUAUUCCAAAAUUGUCCUCAACAACCAAUUAUGGUACAAAAAGGACCUGAUGGCGGUUUAUUGCCAGUCAAUUUCACCGAACCCACGGCUAUUGACAACAGUGGCAGUAUCGCUCGACUAGAAGUCAAACCACAGAGUUUCAAGACACCAAUUAGAGUAUUUGAGGACACUGUCGUUAAGUACGUUGCAUUUGAUUAUGACGGUAAUGUCGCUAUUUGUGAAAUUAACAUCACCGUUCCUGAUGUGACACCUCCGAAAUUAAGCUGCCCACAAAGUUAUGUAAUUGAAUUAGUCGACAAGCAAGAAAGCUAUAAUGUUAAUUUCAAUGAAACUAGAAGACGAAUUAACGCUACUGAUGCAUCAGGUCCGGUUAAAAUUACAUUCGUUCCGGAACGUGCAGUAAUUCCAAUUGGCAGUUUCGAGAAUGUCACGGUCUACGCCACGGAUUCUAGUGGAAAUCGAGCCUUCUGUCACUUCCAGGUUUCGGUGCAAGCAACACCUUGUGUUGAUUGGGAAUUGAAAUUACCAGCAAAUGGUGGUCUUAAGUGUCUACCGAGUGACAAAGGACUUCAAUGUAUAGCCACUUGUAAAUCGGGUUAUAGAUUCACUGACGGAUCACCGGUGAAAACGUUCACUUGUGACACUGCAAGACACUGGGUACCAACUUCCGUUGUUCCUGAUUGUGUUUCCGAAAAUACGCAAAAGGCUGAUUACCAUGUGGUUGCUUCUGUUACUUAUCGAGCCAAUGGUGCCGUCUCUCGACCAUGUCUUCCACAAUAUCAGGAUUUGAUGGCUCAGUACUACCUGAAUCUGAACAAUAUUCUAACUCAACGUUGCUCGGCCGUUAAUGUUAACAUGAAUGUCUCCUUCCUUCGAUCAAUGCCAACCCUUUUGGAAGAAAACGUCCUCAAGAUGGAUUUCAUUCUUGCUAUUGUGCCCGCAAUUCGUCAACCACAACUCUACGAUCUUUGCGGAUCGACAUUGAAUCUAAUUUUCGAUCUUUCGGUUCCUUACGCCAGUGCUGUUAUCGAACCCUUGUUGAACGUUUCUUCGAUUGGAAACCAGUGUCCUCCAUUACGAGCUCUUAAGUCAUCGAUAUCCAGAGGUUUUACUUGCAGCAUUGGCGAAGUGUUGAACAUGGACACGAAUGACGUACCACGUUGUCUCCACUGCCCAGCCGGAACAUUUGCCGGAGAGAAACAAAAAAUGUGCACCAAUUGUCCUAAGGGUUACUAUCAGAACAGCGAUCGUCAAGGAAAUUGUUUACGUUGUCCAUUUGGCACCUAUACCAAGGAGGAAGGUUCCAAGAGUAUUGACGACUGUAUUCCUGUUUGCGGCUACGGAACUUAUUCCCCAACUGGUCUUGUACCCUGUUUGGAGUGUCCUAGAAAUAGCUACACUGGUGAACCACCAAUCGGAGGUUUCAAGGACUGCAAGACAUGUCCAGCCGGAACUUUCACAUAUCAACCAGCAGCACCUGGAAAAGAUCGCUGUCGCUCUAAAUGCGCACCAGGAAUGUAUUCGGAUACUGGUUUAGCGCCUUGUGCUCAAUGUCCCAAAGACUUUUACCAACCGCAACAUGGAGCAACCACUUGCAACGAAUGUCCAACCAAUAUGUACACCGACGGACCUGGAAGUGUUGGACGUGAAGAGUGUAAACCCGUCACUUGUACUGACAGUGUUUGUCAACAUGGAGGUCUCUGCAUGCCAGUGGGACAUGGAAUUCAAUGCAUCUGUCCAGCUGGAUUCUCAGGACGACGAUGUGAAAUUGACAUCGAUGAAUGCGCCUCUCAACCUUGUUACAAUGGAGCAACUUGCAUCGAUUUACCACAAGGUUACAGAUGUCAGUGUGCGAAUGGAUACUCCGGAAUCAAUUGCCAAGAAGAAAAGUCCGAUUGUUCUAAUGAUACUUGUCCAGAACGAGCCAUGUGCAAAGACGAGCCGGGCUUUAACAAUUACACUUGUCUCUGUAGAUCCGGAUAUACUGGAGUCGACUGCGACAUUACCAUCAACCCUUGCACUGCUAGCGGAAAUCCAUGCAACAAUGGAGCCUCUUGUAUCGCUCUCCAACAAGGUCGUUACAAAUGCGAUUGCCUGCCGGGUUGGGAGGGUCAGAGUUGUGAAAUAAAUACUGAUGAUUGUGCAGAGAAACCUUGUCUACUUGGUGCCAAUUGCACCGAUUUGAUUGCUGACUUCACCUGCGAUUGUCCUCCAGGUUUCACUGGUAAACGUUGUCAUGAGAAAAUAGAUCUCUGCUCGGGAAAUCCCUGUCUUAAUGGAAUUUGUGUUGACAAGCUGUUUAGCCACGAGUGCAUAUGUCAUCCAGGUUGGAGUGGAGCAGCAUGUGAGACAAAUAUCAAUGAAUGUUUAGCCAAACCUUGUAAGAAUGGAGGACAGUGUACUGAUCAAGUGAAUGGAUACAGCUGUACUUGUGAGCCAGGAUAUACUGGUAAACAAUGUCAACAUACUGUUGAUGACUGCGCUGUGAAACCUUGCCAAAACGGAGGCACCUGUAUCGAUCAAUUAGACGGUUUCGUCUGUAAAUGUCGACCUGGAUUUGUCGGCUUACAGUGUGAAGCUGAAAUCGAUGAAUGUUUGAGCGAUCCUUGCAAUCCUGUGGGUACGGAAAGAUGUGUUGAUUUGGAUAAUAAGUUCGUCUGUCAGUGUAGAGAAGGAUUUACUGGCGCAUCAUGUGAGGUGAAUAUCGACGAUUGCGCCGCAGAUCCUUGCCUUAAUGGAGCGACUUGCAGGGAUGAAGUCGGAGGCUUUAAGUGUAUGUGUACUGAAGGAUGGACUGGUGAACGUUGCGAAAUUGAUGUUGGCACUUGUCAGAAUCAUCCAUGCCAGAAUGAUGCCGCUUGCGUUGAUCUAUUCCAAGAUUACUUCUGUGUAUGUCCAUCGGGAACGGACGGUAAACAAUGUGAAACGGCUCCUGAACGUUGUAUCGGAAAUCCAUGUAUGCACAAUGGUCGUUGUCAAGACUUUGGAUCUGGCUUAAAUUGCACCUGUCCGGAUGAUUUCACUGGCAUUGGUUGCCAAUACGAAUAUGACGCUUGUCAAGCCGGUGCCUGUAAAAAUGGAGCUUCUUGCACUGACGAUGGAAUCGGAUUCACCUGUAUUUGUCCACCUGGAUACACUGGCAAAACAUGCGAAGAGGAUAUCAUCGAUUGUAAGGAAAAUUCUUGCCCACCAUCAGCUACCUGUGUCGAUCUCACUGGAAAAUUCUUCUGUCAGUGCCCAUUCAAUUUGACUGGUGACGAUUGCAGAAAAUCAAUUCAAGUCGAUUAUGAUAUGUACUUUAGUGAUCCAACCCGUAGUAGUGCUGCUCAAGUAAUUCCAUUCUUUACCGGCGGAAAAAAGAGUCUGACAAUUGCUCUCUGGGUUCAAUUCACCCAGAAGGACGAAGCUGGAAUCUUCUUUACGCUCUACAGUGUCAGUUCUCCACACGUACCGAUAAAUCGUAGACCAAUGAUUCAAGCCCAUAGUAAUGGGGUGCAAAUCUCCAUUUUCCCAGAUCUGCAAGACGUCUAUUUACCCUUCAGGGAAUACGCGACAAUGAACGACGGUCAAUGGCAUCAUGUAGCAGUCGUUUGGAACGGUGACAACAGCGGUGAACUAACACUCAUCACAGAAGGAUUGAUAGCCAGCAAAACCGAAGGUUAUGGAAGUGGAAGAAAUCUACCCUCUUACGCCUGGGCAGUCCUAGGCAAACCACAAAGUGAAAACGUUAAAGGCUACACUGAAUCUGGCUUCCAGGGACACUUAACAAAAGUACAAGUUUGGAGCCGAGCUCUUCAUGUCACCAACGAAAUUCAAAAGCAAGUUCGUGACUGUCGCACUGAACCGGUACUUUAUCAAGAUUUAAUUCUCACCUGGGCUGGUUAUGAUGAAACGAUUGGAGGUGUUGAGAGAGUUGUUCCAUCACAUUGCGGUCAUAGAGUCUGUCCACCUGGAUAUGGCGGUAACAAGUGUCAGCAAUUAGAGGCUGAUAAGAUUCCUCCAAAGGUUGAACAUUGCCCAGGAGAUCUUUGGGUUAUUGCCAAGAACGGUUCAUCAAUCGUCAACUGGGACGAACCACAAUUCUCCGACAAUGUUGGAGUAGUGAGAAUGAUCGAAAAGAGUGGUCAUCGAUCCGGACAAACUCUACUUUGGGGAACUUAUGAUAUCAGCUAUGUCGCUUAUGAUCAAGCUGGAAACUCUGCCAGUUGCAGUUUCAAAGUUUACGUCCUCUCUGACUUCUGUCCGGAAUUAGAGGAUCCAAUUGGCGGAGCUCAACAGUGCAAGGAUUGGGGUUCCGGUGGUCAAUUUAAGGUCUGCGAAAUUUCUUGUAACGCUGGACUUAGAUUUUCACAGGAAAUUCCCAAAUUUUACACAUGUGGAGCGGAAGGUUUCUGGAGACCGACCAUCAAUCCUGGACUACCACUCGUUUAUCCCGCUUGUACAAAUUCAAUACCGGCUCAACGUGUUUUCAAGAUCAAAAUGAACUUCCCCACUUCUGUCCUUUGCAAUGAAGCGGGUCAAGGUGUUCUCAAGCAGAAGGUUCGAAAUGCUGUCAAUUCACUAAACAGGGACUGGAACUUCUGUUCCUUCUCCUUCGAAGGCACUAGGGAAUGUAAGGAUUUGAACAUCGACGUUCAGUGCGAUCAUCGAUCACGUUCAACAAGAGAUACCAAUGAAGAGGAUGGAGGAACCUACACAGUAUCGGUGACUGCUCCAGUUGAAGCAACAAGAAGAUCGCGCCAAGGCAGUGAUACCUACGAGGUGCAGAUAUCAUUCCCAGCGAUAAAUGAUCCGAUUCUAAACGCCAAUUCUAAUGAACGAGCAUCCGUACACACAUUACUCCAGAAACUUAUUUUGGAAGAAGAUCAAUUCGACGUUCACGAUAUUUUACCAAACACAAUUCCCGAUCCGGCUUCUUUGAUUCUUGAAUCAGAUUACGCAUGUCCGGUUGGUCAAGUUGUUAUGGCACCGGAAUGUGUUCCAUGUGCCGUGGGUACUUUUUACAACGAAGCAACGAACAAAUGUGACUUCUGUCCAGUCGGCACCUAUCAAAGUGAAUCGGGACAAUUGAAAUGCAGUUCAUGUCCAGUGAUAGCGGGACGUCCUAGUGUUACAAUUGGUCCUGGUGCAAGAAGUGCUGCUGAUUGCAAGGAACGUUGUCCAGCUGGAAAAUACUAUGACGAUGAAGCUGGACUUUGUCGAAGUUGUGGACACGGUUUCUAUCAACCGAAUGAGGGAAGUUUCUCAUGCUCAUUGUGUGGACUUGGAAAAACAACAAGAACUGCCGAAGCAGUUUCCCACGAGGAAUGUCGUGAUGAAUGUGGAUCGGGACAACAACUUGCUGUUGAAGGAAAAUGCGAACCAUGUCCUCGUGGUACCUAUCGAAUGCAGGGAGUUCAAGCCUCUUGUCAGGCGUGUCCUUUGGGUAGAACAACGCCAAAUAUUGGAUCAGCCGCUAUUGAGGAGUGCUCACUUCCUGUUUGUGAACCUGGUACACAUUUGAAUGGAACUCUCAAUGAAUGUGUCGAAUGCAAGAAGGGAACUUAUCAAUCCGAAUCGCAACAGACUUUCUGCAUUCCUUGUCCUCCUAACACUAGUACCAAAGGAGCAGCAGCGACUAGUAAAGAUGAUUGCACGAAUCCAUGUGAGACUAGUGGUGAGGAAUUCCACUGUGACGCGAAUGCCUAUUGUUUGCUGAUAUCCGAAACAAGCGACUUCAAAUGCGAAUGUAAACCUGGAUACAAUGGAACUGGACACGAGUGUACCGACGUCUGCCUUGGUUAUUGUGACAAUGAAGGUGUUUGCUUUAAGGACUCCAGAGGACAACCUUCUUGCAGAUGCAGCGGCAGUUUCACCGGCAAACAAUGUAGUGAAAAAUCCGACUUCUUUUACAUCACUGGAGGAAUUGCAGCGGGAGUUAUUCUCGUCAUAUUCAUUGCCCUUCUGGUCUGGAUGAUCUGCGUCAGGGCUUCGAAGAAGAAGGAACCAAAGAAGAUGCUAACACCAGCGGCUGAUCAGAAUGGUUCACAGGUGAACUUCUAUUAUGGAGCGCCAACGCCUUAUGCUGAAUCGAUUGCUCCAUCUCAUCACAGUACCUACGCUCAUUAUUACGAUGACGAGGAAGAUGGAUGGGAGAUGCCAAAUUUCUACAAUGAGACGUACAUGAAAGAGAGUCUACAUAAUGGAGGUAAAAUGAAUAGUUUAGCGCGAUCAAAUGCUAGUAUUUAUGGAACAAAAGAAGAUCUCUAUGACAGACUGAAGCGACACGCGUAUCCUGGCAAAAAAGACAAAAGCGACAGUGACAGUGAAGGACAAUGAUGUCAAACAGUCGCGAAAGACGAGGACUAAAAAAAAUCCACUCCAAUAGGAUACAUCAAACAUCAACUGUUGUUUCUCAACCAGUAAUUGUUAUUUAUAUUUCUGACAUUAGGUUGCAACAAUUUACAGUGUUAAUUCGGGUGUGCAACAGUUUUUAUUCAAACGGAAUUUCAAGAAAAUUUCUUCCAAAGAAAUUGGUCCUAAAGAAAGGAUUUACAAACACUCGCCGAAGAUGUUUUUUUUUGCCUCCAAAUGAAAAUGUCAUAAUAACAUAAUGUCUAGAAUCCGUUAUAGAUUUUUUUUUUGCAAAUUUAUCCACCGCUGUUACCAGUAGCGAACUAAAUAGAUAGAAGUGCGCUACUUAACGAUAUAAAUAAAUGAUAUAGACAUCAUCUAGAAAUACAAAUUGUAGACAAUCGUUCGUGAUUACAAAAAAUUUGAAUUGUGAUUAUAAUUUUGGCGUCGUCUCUAGAAUUCACUGCAAGUGAGAAUAGUGUUUCAUAAUUUGGACCUAGUUUGUUGGAUCACAAAAUACAUACUGAUUGGCGACGCUAUUGCUAUGGGUACUUUCAGAAACCGUCUUGAAACACGGACAAAGAAAUUUUUAAAAUUGUAAGGAUCACUCAGAGGGAAACUUUUGUUUAUUCUUCUAUAACUAUGGUUAUAUUAUAUAAUAUUAAUAGAAAGCAAACAAAAUUCUUCUAGGUUGGUUCAAUCUAUUUAUCUGUAAACACAAUCAAAUUUAUUGUAAUCGAUGAACAGCGGUGAAAAUAUAUCGUGUGGAUCUUGAUAAUUAAAAAAGGGACUGAAUUGCGUGUAUGUGUGUAAAUUUGUGCGAAUAUGAGAGGAAUGAAUGAAAAGUUUUUAUAGACGAUUAUAGUAUUUGUAACUUUUGUAUUUAAUAAUAUAGCCGAAUAUCUCCGUUCAUUAAUUUUUCUAAAUCAUUGAAAUUUAGUUUUCUUUUCAUUUGACUAACGGUGCGAACGUGACAUACAUAUGUAUAUGUUAUAUUAAUUAAUUAAGCGAAUUUUUUUUUUUAAACUUGUUACUAUAAAUAUGUAUCUGUUUUUGUAUAAUAAUUAUUGACGUGGAGUAAAAUUCGUGUAAGCGUAUUUUACCAUUAAAAGACGAAUGUUCGGGAGAAUACGAGUAGAACUUCCCAGUGCGUUGUUUCGUGACUGACGACUGUCACUUUUUUUUCUAAUUAAAUAAAUAAUAGUCUUCCAUUUGUAAUGAAAAAGAAUUCGAAUUUUAAGAAGCGUCUCUACGCACAUGUUCUAGUUUAAAUAGACACGCCUUCCCUUUUCUAAUUGGUUACUAUUCAAGGUCAUGAAAUGACGACCAAUCUUCGCUCUUUAAACUCCCAGGGUAACCAAUCACAAAAGGUCUAAAAAUCUAGGCAUUUCUACUUCCAUUCUAAAGUUUUAAACAUAUUUCCAUUAACUGUAAAAUAAAAUUCGAAUAUUUAAAAAAAAGAAAAUUAUACGAAUGUUUCUUAUUUUUUUUCUCCAAAUUUCGCGCGUGAAAAUAAUAUUAAAAAAAGAGAAUUUUUAAAUUUCACUGCCAAAGAUUUAAAUUCGUGUAGUUUUCAGGAGAGAGAAAGAGAGAGAGAGAAAGAGAGAGUGUGUUUCGCUUUGAUAUUAUAUAUACAUUAAAGGCAAAGUCACUGAGAUUUUCAGGCUACUCUUGUAGAUAAACUAUUUUUUAUUAUUAUUAUUAUUAAUAAUUAUUAAAUCAUUUUCUAAUAAAUAUUAAUUUUUUAUAUA